AUGUGGAAACAUUACAAAUUUGAUCCUAAUUCUGUAAAUUUUUCAUGUGAUACGGAUAAAAAGUUAAAUGAAUUUGAUACUUUACUACAUUCCGAAUGGGAUCGUGCUGUUACUCAAGAUCUUUUCGCAUUUCCAAUUAAUUAUCAUGCUAACCGACGAAUACUUGAUGAUGGAGAUCUACACUAUAUUAUUGAAUAUAAUCGUGAUCGACAAGAAAAACGUCGAAUAGCAUAUCCAUAUGAACAUGUAAAGGCACCAUUUGAUAAUAAUAAAUUUAAUUUUAAUAAAAUAAAAGAUAAAGAAAUUCUUAUUUCUUUAGAUAAUGAUGAACAAACAGAUAAACAUUUAAUAAUAAUUAAUAAUGCACCUAUUCAUCCUUAUCAUGUAUUACUUGUACCUGAUCGUCAACUUGAACAAACACAAAUUCUUACUAUUGAUUGUAUUAUAUUUGGAUUUGAAUUCGUUGCUGUAAGUGCUCAUCCAUAUAUCUUAGCUGGUUUUAAUUCACUUUGUGCUUACGCAUCCAUAAAUCAUUUACAUCUUCAUGGCAUGUAUUUUCCUGAUCGUUUAUUUCUUCAGACAAUAAAAUGUUCUCCAUUUCAUACAAACUCAAAUUGUUACCUUUUGGAUUUGUUUCAAGCUGAAGCAUUUGCUUUCGAAGUUCAACAUAUUGAUGAAUUCAAUAGAAUUGCUCAAUAUGUAUAUAAAAUAACAAAUUAUUUAGCUUCAAAUAAUAUUGCUCAUAAUAUGGCAAUUGUAAAAGGUGAUUCAUUUUCAUCAUCAAAUAAUGUUUUACGUAUAUUUGUUUGGUUUCGUCAAUCAGUUAUUAAAGCACAAAGAUUUGAUCGAUGUAAUUUCGCUUGCCUUGAACUAGCAGGAUUUAUGACACUUCACUAUGAAGAAGUUUACAAUACUUUGACAGAAAUGGAAUUAUUUGAACAUUUGAAUGAAAUAGCAUUAUCAUUGGAAGAACAAAAACGAAUUAAAGAUCAUUGCAUCUCUAAAAAUGGUCCCACAUCUCCAAUUAUCUUUAAACCAUGUGAAACAUUAUCACAUGAAAAUUACAUUGAAAUUGUUCUCCUACAUGUACAACUUAAAAGCAAACGGCUUCUAAGUGACAAUUUCAUCUAUCAACAAGACAAUGGUACAUCACAUAAAAAUCAGGAAUCAUUAACAUCAUGUGAAGAGAAUUUUAUGUAUUUUAUAAAUAAUCCUAGAUGGCUACCAAAUAGAGUUAGUCUCAAUGCUUUGGAUUAUUACGUGUGCUACGCUAUUAUCAAUAAUAUGCAAUGGGAUAAAGUUAAAACAUCUGAUGUUUUAGUCGGUGAAAUAAGUAAACGGAAUUCAUCGUGUAUUAAAAAAUUAUUACGUUCAUAG